CGCCGCUUGAUUAUAUAUUUUUUUAGCUGGUGUCAGAGUCGGCGAAACGUCUGUGGGAAGCGGAGAGCGGGGGAGGGGACGCUGCCGGCGGCUCGUAGAGUUCGGGCCGGCGGGACUCCGCUAGGGGAGAGGCCUCAGGACUCAGCCAGCCGCCGUCGGAAUCCAGCGCCGCCGCCGCCCCGUCUCGGGGUUGGGGAAGACCUACCAGAGGGGACGCGCUGAUGCUGCCCUAGGAGGCCGGGUGGGGUCUGGGCAGGGGCCGAGGAGAGCGCGCGCACCGGGCGGGCGCUGCAGGCCCCAGGGGAGGCUCUUCGGAAGCCCUGGACAGACCGCGCCCUCGAGGCGAGUUUGGCCGCCGCCUGGCUUCGCUGUCCGCGGGCUGGGGACGGCUCGGCUGCCCCGGCACCCACCCCCUGAGGCCCCGGAGCGUGCCGGGUACAGGCGGCGUGUCCCCCCCUCGGGACUCCCCCUGGGCGCUGCGCAGCAGCCCCGGCGCAUUUCCUGAGCGCCUCCGGGCCGUGACCGCUUCUCCUUUUCGGCGUUUCUCUCCCCCUCUCUCCGAAGCGGCCCCCGAAGGAGCCCGCUCGAGCCUCGGGGGCGCGCGCCUCCCGCGCAGUCCCCGCUGCUGCCCCGCCGCCGGCCGGGUGCCCUGACUCCCGCUGUUAUGCGUAUUCCCGUAGACCCGAGCACCAGCCGGCGCUUCACACCUCCCUCCACGGCCUUCCCUUGCGGCAAGAUGGGCGAGAACAGCGGGGCGCUGAGCACGCAGGCGACCACUGCCGGAGGGCCGAGCGGGCGCGCCAGGCCCGAAGUGCGCUCCGUGGUGGACGUGCUGGCUGACCACGCGGGCGAGCUGGUCCGCACCGACAGCCCGAACUUCCUGUGCUCCGUGCUCCCCUCGCACUGGCGCUGCAACAAGACGCUGCCCGUGGCCUUCAAGGUGGUGGCCCUGGGGGAUGUCCCUGAUGGCACUGUGGUGACAGUGAUGGCUGGCAAUGAUGAGAAUUACUCGGCUGAACUUCGUAAUGCUUCCGCCGUCAUGAAGAACCAGGUGGCCCGAUUUAACGACCUUCGGUUCGUUGGCCGAAGUGGCCGAGGGAAGAGCUUCACACUGACCAUCACCGUGUUUACCAACCCCACCCAAGUGGCCACCUACCACCGGGCCAUCAAGGUGACCGUGGACGGGCCUCGAGAGCCAAGAAGGCAUAGGCAGAAAAUGGAAGACCAGCCAAAGGCCUUCCCUGAUCGAUUUGGUGACCUGGACCGGCUGCGGAUGCGAGUGACGCCAACCACUCCCAGUCCCCGGGGCUCCCUGGUCACCUCCACUCACUUCAGCACUCAGGCUACUGCACAAGGCACGUCCGACUUGAGCUCCUUCUCAGACCCCCGCCAGUUCGAUCGCUCUUUCUCCAGCCUCCCCGGCCUCCCCGAGCCCAGGUUCUCGGACCCCAGGAUGCAUUACCCGGGGGCCAUGCCGGCCGCCUUCUCCUACACGGCCAACCCCUCCCCCACGGGCAUCGGCGGCCUCAGCAUGACGGGCAUGCCGGCGGCCACGCGCUUCCACCACACGUACCUGCCGCCCCCCUACCCCGGCUCCACCCAGAACCAGAGCGGGCCCUUCCAGGGCAACCCCUCCCCCUACCACCUGUACUACGGCACCUCGUCGGGCUCCUACCAGUUCUCCAUGGUGGCGGGCGGCGAGCGCUCCCCCACCCGCAUGCUGUCCUCCUGCACCAGCGCCGCGGCCGGCAACAACCUCAUGAACCCCAGCCUGGCCAACCAGAGCGACGGCGUGGAGGCCGACGGCAGCCACAGCAACUCCCCGACGGCCAUGACCACCCCGGGGAGGAUGGACGAGUCCGUGUGGAGGCCGUACUGAGGGCGCCCGAGGCCGGAGCCCCCGAGAGGGAAGGAGCUUUGUGUGGUGACUGUGGGACCGUCCCAAGAGGCAGCCCGGGAAACUGGGCUUGGCGGGCCCCCCUGGCCUGCACUUUCCUCCUCUGCAAAGUGAGGGAGCCUAACGGACCUCCCGGCCCAGGCCUCGGGGUCCUCGGAGCACCUUCCCCACACACAGGCCCUGGGGGGCGGGAGAGCUCCCCGACUUCCUCCUCCUGGGGACCUCGUGUCCGUGGGGGGUUUGGAACUGAGCGGGGCUGCCCGCGGCGCCCCCCACCCAAGCCUCUCCUGCUGGCUCCUAAGUCCAUCCGGCUGUUUCUACAUGGGCUCGGGGGAUGGGAAUGAAGUGAGUUUUCCCCUUUCAGGACUGCUCUGUGCCUCCAGGAGAGGGAAGAGGGAUGGAGAAGGAUAAAGCUAGAUCUCGUCCCCCAACACCAUGUAGGAAAAUACUGUGGGAGGCAGCCAAGGCCCUUCGCUGGACCCCCGAAGGCUCGCCUUCCCCUGGGCACCCAGAACAGGGCCACGGGCCGAAGGCCACCCAUUUCCUCUCGUUCUCCUUUUCCUCCUUGGAGGGUCGGAUCGCACGACCUGCCAGGUGCUUUUUCUGCCCCAAUACCAGCUUUUUUAUGAUAGCCGAGGCCCUCCCAGGCUGCCAGCUCUUCCCACUCCCAAAACCUACACCCUUCAGUAUUCUGUUCUAAGUACUCUGGUUCAGUUCGUCGGGCCCCUUCCCAGCCUGUCAUUCUGGGUCAGACCCCCAUCAAGCUCUGGAGUUCUGGGGCCACUCCUCCACUGCCUCCCAGCUCUAGCACUGUUCUAAAGCCCUCCAGCUCGAGCAUCCUCCAUCUUCCCAUCCCUCCCAGCUCUAGCACUCUGUUCUAAAGCCCUCCAGCUCUGGCUUCUUCCAUCUUCCCAUCCCUCCAAGCUUGAGCAUCCUCCAUCCUCUACUCCCUCCCAGCUCUAGCACUCUGUUCUAAAGCCCUCCAGCUCUGGCUUCUUCCAUCUUCCCAUCCCUCCCAGCUCUAGCACUCUGUUCUAAAGCCCUCCAGCUCUGGCUUCUUCCAUCUUCCCAUCCCUCCCAGCUCUAGCACUCUGUUCUAAAGCCCUCCAGCUCUGGCUUCUUCCAUCUUCCCAUCCCUCCCAGCUCUAGCACUCUGUUCUAAAGCCCUCCAGCUCUGGCUUCUUCCAUCUUCCCAUCCCUCCCAGCUCUAGCACUCUGUUCUAAAGCCCUCCAGCUCUGGCUUCUUCCAUCUUCCCAUCCCUCCCAGCUCUAGCACUCUGUUCUAAAGCCCUCCAGCGCAAGCAUCCUCCAUCUUCCCAUCCCUCCAAGCUUGAGCAUCCUCCAUCCUCCACUCCCUCCCAGCUCUAGCACUCUGUUCUAAAGCCCUCCAGCUCAAGCAUCCUCCAUCUUCCCAUCCCUCCCAGCUCUAGCACUCUGUUCUAAAGCCCUCCAGCUCAAGCAUCCUCCAUCUUCCCAUCCCUCCCAAUUCGAGCAUCCUCCCUCCUCCACUCCCUCCCAGCUCUAACACUGUUCUAAAGCCCUCCAGCUCUGGCUUCUUCCAUCUUCCCAUCCCUCCAAGCUUGAGCAUCCUCCAUCCUCCACUUCCUCCCAGCUCAAGCACUCUGUUCUAAAGCCCUCCAGCUCUGGCUUCCUCCAUCCUCAGGUCCUUCCCAGCACUGAUGUCCCCUGUUUUCUAAGGAACCUCCUAGCCCUGAUGCUCUGCAUGAGGUCUAAGGUUCCUCCCAGCAUUGACAUCUUGUGUUCUAAAGCCCCUCGCAGUUCUGACAUUCUCCCUGAGUUUCCUAUGGCUCAGUUCUCUGUUUCCUACCUACAGGGCAGUCAACACCAGGUACUUUUGUAUAGAAAGUCACUGUUAAGUGAAAAAGACUUAGGAGGAAAGAAGUUUUUUGUACAGGACUUAUCCACUGCCUCAAGUUUGCCAUCUGCAGAUAAGAAAGCACUUAGUACUUCGGACUGUUUGCUGGGAUGUGGAAACAAUUUCUGGUAGAAAAGGGGGGGAAACCCUUUGUUGUAUUGGGGUUUGUCUCAAUGGGAUUGCCCGUCCAUCCGCCCCGCCUGCCACUGAGCUCUUGGCCUUCUGUUCAUAGGAAAGUUUCCUCUAAAUCUAGGAAGCCAGUCUGAAGAGGCCACCCAAAUUCCAGCUUGAUAUCGUUUUACUUUCUAGUUGACGUCCUUGCUCUGUGUUCACAGGAGCAGAAGGCACCGUCACCACCUUCUCAAAGACUAUUUUAUUCAAACAUCCUCAUCCUGGCCUUUUGGAGAUCUGAAAACUCACCGUCAGGGGGGCCAUCCCGCUUGUGUGGCCACAAGCUGCUCCCCUUCCUGCAGAGCCCUCUGGCGCUGCCCAUCCACCAUGAGGAAGUGCCCACAGAAAUAGGCUUCCCACUGGGCUGUGGCUUCUUCCAAGUCAUGGUGCCAAGCCCAGGGGAGGCAGGCUCACAGACCCUGAUCUCCGCCCAGAAAGAACGUAGAACAGGUCCGCCCUAUCCUCGAGACAAGUAGCCAGGCUCCUCCACGUGCCCGGGUCAUUGACCCCCUUCCAUCCUGAGGCCAGGUACCAGCCCUGCCCGAGCGUCUUUGGAAGACUUAUCUACCCCCGCCCCUCCUCUUGUUGGAUGGUGACAAUAUGCUUUGCACUGUCAUUUGCUUGAGUGGAGUAUUUUUAAUGCUUAUAUGGUAAGCCACCUGGGUCUUCCUUCUGAACUAUUUAAUGGUAAAAUCCAAUUUUGUUGUACUUGUUAUAAUAAUAUAAUUCUGAAAGACA